AUGGCUGUGGGAUCAGCUUCGCUACAGGACCGCCUGGAGAGGUGGGCGCAACGCCUGAAUAACCUCACCGUCUCCCCUCUUUCGAGAGAUUAUGAUACGCAAGCCGAUAACAAGCGAACCAUCGAGGCCUUUGAGACCCUCAAUCUCCCCCAGGAAACUCAAUUGGCCCUGAAGAAGCUCUCCGGAUCUUCAUCAUCAGAGUUCACUGUUUUCCUAACGGCUUUCGUGCUGCUGGUUGCUCGUUUGACUGGUGACGAGGAUAUUGCAAUUGCCACAAAUUUGGCUGAAGACUCCCGUCCCUUCGUGCUUCGCAUCUUCUAUGAUCCUUCCGAAACUUUCACUCAGCUCUUUGCCAAGGUUGACAAGACUUUCAAUGAGUGUGCCGCCGAUAUAGUGCCCUUGGGUAGCCUCCGCUCGUACAUUCAAGACAAGUCCAAGUCCGAACGUACUCCCAUCCUUUUCCGAUUCGCUGCCUACGACGCCCCGGCCGCCUCGCAAGAAUACCCCGCCAACACAUUCGAUAGCACUGAUUUGGUCAUAAAUGUUUCAUCUGAGCUCGGCGCUUACUAUAACCAGCGUCUCUUUUCCAGUGCACGGAUUGCCACCAUUCUCAAGCAGUUGGUUCGCAUCGCUACCAAUGCUGCUGCGAACCCAGAGGAGGCUGUAGGCCGUAUCGACAUGACAACCGAGGACCAGCUUGCGCUUCUCCCCGAUCCCACUGCUGACCUCAACUGGUCCAAGUUCCGUGGUGCCAUUCACGAUAUCUUCGCUGAAAAUGCUCAGAUGCACCCGGAGAAGCUUUGUGUCGUGGAGACCAAGUCGAGCAGCUCCCCUCACCGUGAGUUUACAUACAAGCAAAUUAACGAGGCUUCAAACAUCCUCGGACACCACUUGGUUCAGUCCGGCAUCCAGAGAGGGGAGGUUGUCAUGGUGUACGCCUACCGUGGUGUGGAUUUGGUGGUGGCUGUGAUGGGUAUUCUGAAGGCUGGUGCUACAUUCUCCGUCAUCGAUCCCGCCUACCCACCCGAGCGCCAGAAUAUUUAUCUCGAUGUUGCUCGCCCCCGUGCUUUGAUCAACAUUGCAAAGGCUACUACAGAUGCUGGUGAACUGUCAGGCAUUGUCCGGUCGUUUAUUAACGAGAAUCUGGAGCUCCGCACCGAGAUUCCAGCCCUCGCCCUUCACGACGACGGCAGUCUGACUGGUGGGUCUGAAGAGGGUCAGGAUGUUUUCACUAAGCAGAUCGACUUGAAGUCUCAGUCUGUUGGUGUCGUUGUGGGUCCCGACUCAAUCCCUACUCUUUCCUUCACCUCUGGCUCGGAAGGCCGGCCCAAGGGCGUUCGUGGUCGUCACUUCAGUCUGGCAUAUUACUUCCCGUGGAUGUCUGAGACUUUCAAGCUGUCUGAAAAUGACAAAUUCUCUAUGUUGUCUGGAAUUGCCCAUGAUCCAAUCCAGCGUGAUAUCUUUACUCCGUUGUUCUUGGGCGCCCAGCUGUUGGUUCCAGCCAAAGAAGAUAUUCAGAAUGAGAAGCUGGCCGAGUGGAUGCGAAACUACGGUGCUACUGUUACCCAUCUCACUCCGGCCAUGGGUCAGAUUCUUGUGGGUGGUGCGUCGGCGCAAUUCCCGGCCCUGCACCACGCUUUCUUCGUCGGAGAUAUUUUGAUCAAGCGUGAUUGCCGGUCGCUUCAAGGUCUUGCUCCCAAUGUCUCCAUUGUCAACAUGUACGGCACAACUGAGACUCAACGUGCCGUCAGCUACUACGAAAUUCCUAGCUACUCGAGCCAGGAAGGGUUCCUUGACACCAUGAAGGACAUCAUCCCUGCUGGUCGUGGUAUGCUGGAUGUGCAGAUGCUCGUUGUAAACCCCUUCGACCCUACCCGUAUGUGUGCCAUCGGUGAGGUUGGUGAGGUUUAUGUUCGCGCUGCUGGCCUGGCCGAGGGCUAUCUUGGCUCUCCUGAUAUGAACGCCAAGAAGUUCUUGACCAACUGGUUCGUGAAGCCCGAGGUCUGGACCGAAAAGGAUAAGGGCGGAAAUGAGCCGUGGCGGGAAUUCUACGUUGGACCCAGAGAUCGCUUGUAUCGUAGCGGUGAUCUCGGCCGUUACACUCCCUCUGGAGAUGUCGAGGUUUCUGGCCGUAUCGACUCUCAGGUCAAGAUCCGUGGCUUCCGUAUUGAAUUGGGCGAAAUUGACACUCACUUGUCUCGCCAUCCUUUGGUUCGCGAGAAUGUUACUCUUGUUCGUCGUGACAAGUUCGAGGAGCCUACUCUUGUCAGCUACUUCGUCCCCGAUAUGAGCAAGUGGUCAGAGUGGCUUGAGUCUAAGGGGCUCACGGACGAUGACUCGGGUGAGGGAAUGGUUGGCAUGCUCCGUCGAUUCCUUCCCCUCCGCAAUGACGCCCGUGAUCACCUUCGCAGCAAGCUCCCUGCUUAUGCGGUGCCCACGGUGAUUAUCCCGCUGAAGCGCAUGCCUCUCAACCCCAAUGGAAAAAUCGACAAGCCUGCUCUUCCAUUCCCCGACACCGCGGAACUCAGCGCUGCUGCGCCUCGUCGUCGCUCCUCUGCGAUCCAGGCGCUGUCUGAGACUGAGCAAGCCCUAGCCCAGAUUUGGGCUAAGCUGAUCCCUAACGUGACUGCCCGCAUGAUCGGACCCGAUGAUUCUUUCUUCGAUCUUGGUGGACAUAGUAUCCUUGCUCAGCAGAUGUUCUUCGAACUGCGCCGCAAGUGGCGCACAGUUGAUAUCAGCAUGAGUGCCAUUUUCCGCAGCCCAACCCUCAAGGGCUUUGCAGGCGAGAUUGACCGUCUCCUUGACGUGGAGGCCUUUGCGACUAGCGACAAGGCCGACCAGGGUUCUAACGAACCCGACGACGGGUACUCGAAGGAUGCACGUCAGCUGGUCAAUGAGCUUCCUGCGACGUUCCCCACCAGGACGGAGGACUUGCUUGCUACUCAGCCGACUGUCUUCCUUACCGGUGCUACUGGAUUCUUGGGUGCUCAUAUUCUCCGUGACCUCCUCACUCGCAAGUCUCCCUCUACCAAGGUCGUCGCCCUUGUCCGGGCCAAGAACGAGGAGCAGGCUCUGGAGCGUCUUCGCUCCACCUGCCGCGCCUACGGCUUCUGGGACGAGGAGUGGGUUAACCGUCUGGAAACACCCUGCGGUGACCUUGGCAAGCCUCUCUUUGGUCUGUCCCAGUCUGUCUGGGAUGAUCUGACCACCCGUAUCGAUGUGGUCAUCCACAAUGGUGCCCUCGUUCACUGGGUCUACCCCUACUCUACUCUCCGAGGCCCUAACGUUCUGGGUACUAUCGAUGCUUUGAAGCUGUGCGCUACGGGCAAAGCUAAGCAUUUCGCCUUUGUCAGCUCUACCAGUGCACUGGACAACGACCACUACGUGCAAGAAUCUGAGCGUAGCCUUGCCGCUGGUGGCAAUGGUGUGAGCGAGGACGAUGAUAUGGAAGGCAGUGCCGUUGGUCUUGGAACAGGUUAUGGUCAGAGCAAGUGGGCUGGUGAGCAUCUAGUUCGCGCAGCCCGUGCCCGCGGUCUCAAGGCCGGCAUCAUUCGAUCUGGGUAUAUCUUGGGUGACUCCACCUCUGGUGUCUGUGUGACCGAUGACUUCCUUACUCGCUUCUGGAAGGGUUGCGUUCAGUUGGGUUCGCGCCCCAACAUCGGCAACUCCGUCAACGCUUGCCCGUCAGACUACGUCGUACGGGUUGUCAUUUCCGCUGCCUUCCAUCCUCCUAACAACUCCACCGGUGUUGUCCACGUUACUGGACAGCCGCGUCUCCGCCUCAAUGAGUUCCUCGGAGCCCUGGAGACCUAUGGAUACGCCGUCAAGCAGAUUGAUUAUAUCCCAUGGGCGUCUUCUCUCGAAAAUUAUGUUAAUGACGGCCAGCACAACGAUAAGGAGUCUCAGCAUGCCCUGAUGCCACUCUACCAUUUCGUGGUUUCCGACUUGCCUUCCAACAGCAAGGCCCCCGAGUUGGAUAACACGUACGCCUCUGCCGGGUUGAAGGCUGAUGCAGCCUGGUCUGGCGUGGACGCCUCUGCCGGUGCCGGUAUCACCGUCGAGUUGAUUGGGUUGUAUGCCUCCUAUCUGGUAGCCAUUGGGUUCCUGCCUGCGCCCACCCUCGCUGGUGCCCGACCCCUGCCACCCGUGCCCAUCACCGAGGAACAAAAGAAGAUGGUUCUCAACGUCGGCGGCCGUGGUGGUGCCCCCUAA